CUGCAGAGACGAGCCCCGUUACAGAAAGGACCUGUUCAGGAACAGUAUGGCAGCUUGGGGUGACCCAGCCGUCCCAGAAACCCGCCGAUGGAGGGUGACAGCAGGAAGGAGGACGCCCCACAGCAUCUGACCAGGAAUCUGUGCCUUUAACUGGAGGGGCAGAGCGAGAGGCGUGCGGCAGGCAGACGUCACAGCGUUUCACCUUUCACCACCGACUUCCAGAACGCAGCGGCCGCUCGUCCGCGUCCCGGGCUGGGCCUCCGGGGGUGCUGGGGCUGGCCUCCGGCCUCCCCACUCUCGGAACCGGCCUCCGCUGGGCCGCCCGCCGCGCGCCCCCGGGAAGCCCCUCCCUGCCCGGAGCUCUCACCCCCAGAUCAUCCUCUCUCUCCUCCUCCAACUCCUCGGACUCCAGGUCCGACAUGGCCUCCCCCCAGCCUGGAUCCCCGGCGCCGUCCGCGAGUCGCUAGUCGGUCUUUGGGAAACUUCUGAUUCCAGUUUAUCCUAAUCAUUUCAAUUGUGGUUUCUUCCUGAAGAGGAUCAGACUAAGGUGGUUCAGCCAGGAGGUGAGAUUAUUCAGUAAUGCAUCACAACCAGUGGAGCAGACAGAUUGGUGGAGAUUGCCAAGGUGGAGACGAGACGUCAGGAAACUGGCAGGAUGGCCGGCCCAGCACUCCUCUCUGACAGAAUGAGUGAUUCCAAUGGCCCCCUCACCUGCUAGAGUCAAGCCUCUGCCAGAAGGAAGGAGGAAGUGAGACCCAGCAGGUCAUCUCCAGCUUUCCAGCCUGCGUGAGUGGCUCGGACAAGAGAGACGCCUGGAGCCAGGGUUAAUAAACGAUUAAUGCAGCAGCUUGUUUUGUGACUGAAGCUUCGUGAUCAGUGUGGCGUAAAUGGCUCCACUCCCCGCUGGCAUCCGUUUCAUCAUCUCAUUCUCCCGGGAUCAGUGGUACAGAGCCUUCAUUCUCGUUCUGACAUUUUUGCUGUACGCAAGUUUCCACCUUUCUCGAAAGCCUAUCAGCAUAGUUAAGGGUGAGCUCCACAGGUACUGUGCUGCUUUGGAUGAGAGGGACGUCGAAUUCCAUGGCCAGAGCCAGCCAGCUGGUGCCACCCCCCGCCCCCUGCUCCCAGGCAACACCACCGAUUGCGGCUGGGCCCCGUUUGAUCGGGAUAACUACCAGCAGCUGCUCGGGGCCCUGGAUUACUCCUUCCUGUGUGCAUACGCUGUCGGCAUGUACCUGAGUGGCAUACUAGGCGAGCGCCUGCCCAUCCGGUGUUACCUAACCUGUGGGAUGCUGGCCAGUGGUGCCUUCACCGCUCUGUUUGGAUUAGGGUAUUUCUACAAUAUCCACAGUUUUGGGUUCUAUGUGGUAACUCAGGUCAUGAACGGACUGGUGCAGACCACCGGCUGGCCCAGUGUCGUCACCUGCCUCGGCAACUGGUUUGGAAAAGGAAGGCGAGGUUUGAUCAUGGGUGUCUGGAAUUCACACACCUCUGUGGGCAACAUUUUGGGGUCCUUGAUUGCUGGCUACUGGGUGUCCACGUGCUGGGGCCUGUCCUUCGUUGUGCCUGGGGUCAUCGUGGCAGCCAUGGGGAUGCUGUGCUUUCUCUUCCUCAUCGAACAUCCGAAGGACAUCGCCUGCUCUUCCACCCUGGCGGCGGUGAGAGGCCCUGAGAACGGCGCGCGCAGGUUCAGGUUACAGAAGCAAAGCCCAGCCGAAGGGAAAACCAAGCCCCUGGACCCCGAGAUGCAAUGCUUACUCCUUUCGGAUGGAACGCGCUCUGCACAUCAGAACCACAUCAUCGUCCUCCCGGCCGACGGCGGGGGCAUGGCCGCCAUCAGCUUUACAGGCGCCCUGAGGAUCCCCGGGGUGAUAGAGUUCUCUCUGUGUCUGCUGUUCGCAAAGCUGGUCAGCUAUACUUUCCUCUUUUGGCUUCCACUGUACAUCACCAGUGUAGAUCACCUUGAUGCCAGGAAAGCCGGGGAGCUCUCCACCCUGUUUGAUGUGGGCGGAAUCUUCGGUGGGAUCCUGGCAGGUGUGAUCUCAGACCGACUGGAGAAAAGGGCCUCCACCUGCGGCCUGAUGCUGCUGCUCGCGGCCCCAACGCUCUACAUAUUCUCCACCAUUAGCAAGAUGGGUCUAGAAGCCACUGUCGCCAUGCUGCUGCUCAGCGGGGCCCUGGUCAGCGGGCCGUAUGCCCUCAUCACGACCGCCGUUUCUGCCGACCUGGUGACUCACAAAAGGCUGAGUAGCCCAGCAGCUGGGAAUAUGUGGGUAGGAGACUGUGAGACCCAGGAGCAGAGAAAGCCCCUGAGGGAACGCAGAGCUCUGCGCACUGAGGGUGGAGGACAGCAGGCGCUUCCUGCACAGGAAGAAUUUCUGGGUGUUGGAGGUAGUCUCGCCCUAGACCUGUGCUUUAUGAGGAAUGACAAAGGGGACUUUCCAGGAUACCCAUCCUCAUUUGCAGGAGAGGAAGGUGAAGUGCAGUGUGUGGGAAGGUUGUCUAAGGUGACCCAGCUGGUGAUGGCCAGGCCAGGCUGUUUUGGAGCCACCCCAGAGGUCAUCACCUCAGAGGACAUCACCUCAGGGGUCACCAUCUCAGAGGACAUCACCUCAGAGGUCACCACCUCAGAAGACAUCGCUGAAGAGGCCAUCACCUCAAGGGUCAUUACCUUAGAGAUCACCACCUUAGAGGACAUCACUGCAGAGGCCAUCACCUCAGAGGUCAUCAUCUCAGAUGUCAUCACCUCAGGGGUCACCAUCUCAGAGGUCAUCACUGCAGAGGUUACCACAGAAAUUACCACUCAAAGAACAUCACCUCAGAGGACAUCAUUUCAGAGGACAUCACACCAGGGGUCACCACCUCAGAGGUUAUCAUCCCUGAGGUCACAGGCUCAGAGCUCGCGCAGCCGCUUUAGGAACUGCAUGGAGCCAGGACGCCCAAGCCAUGGUGGUGGCCCUGGAUAUCCGUGGGUGCCCCACGGGCUCGGAGCAGCCCUGGGCCCUUUGCUGGCUGGGCUCAUCUCCCCAUCUGGAUGGAACAAUGUGUUCUACAUGUUGAUGUUCGCAGAUGCCUGUGCCUUAUUGUUCCUGAUCCGCCUCAUACACAGGGAGCUGAGCUGCCCGGGGUCAGCGACGGGGGACCAAAUGCCGUUUAAGGAACACUGACCCCUCAAGUCCCAUGGAGGGAGGCUGGGCCUGUCCUUCACAAACUGUCUUUCAAGGAAAAAUUCAAGUAAAGGAUCCUGUGUUGAAAAGAAUAAUUUACCCUUGCCUUUUGCACACACACCUGGAAAAGACACAAAGCCACCUCCAGAAUUCUGGUACGAUUUUAGACGAGCCAUGGAGCUUGGGAUACAGUGAGAAAGUUGGCGAGACGCACUGUCUGCUGCUGCUGCUGCUGAGCCCAGACGAGACGGCCCUGGCAGUCAGGAGCCUGGCAGACCCCCCGGCAGCUGCUCUGGGGGCCAUGCAUGGUGCUCGGAGGAGCCUCGGUCUCCCUCAGGAAUUUCAGCAGAGAAUGUUCUAGCAGGCUGAGCUCGCCAGCAAGACUCCUGGGGACACCUGGGUGUGCUGCAUGGAAGACAGGAUGCCACAGCCUCUGAAAGGGCAGAAGAAACCAGACAAGCAGAUCAGGACCAAGAAAAGUCCUAGAGCCGCCACCUCACCCAAGGACGCUGCCAGCUCCUCCUCCCUCUGAACGGACCUAGAAGCUGAUUGUCAGGAAGUGACCAGCCGUGACGCCGCCUAGACCUGCUUGGGUCAGAGGCCCUGAGCGCCAGCCCCACAGCGGCCUGGAGGGGGCUGCCAUCCCAGCCCCCGCAGGCCGCUGUGGGGCCCAGGAAGUGGGGCUGGGAGUGAACUGGCCUCCAGUCAAGUGGUCUCCUUCUCUCCAUGACACGCCAGAUGCCUAGAACUGUCUUCAGCUACAGAGUGGACUUAUUUAUUUAAAAUGUGUACUGUUACAGAAGUUUAAGAAACAAACGGCAUUUUGUUAUUUAUUAAGACAAAUUCCAAUGGUUCUCUGGCCACUUGUUUUCUGGGUGUUGCCUAGCAAAGUACAUAUCCACCCUUUGAAAUAAAAUGUUUUUUUAAAAAACUCAA